AUGCCCUUCUCCCAUGGAGCUGCCUGCCCCACAUCGUGCCUGGCCACCUAGCACCCCAUAAGCACCGUAGGUGAGGUGCCUGAGCCAUCCCUGCAGGCCUUGCUGGCCAUCCUCUCCAAGGUGGAGCUGUGGGUGAGCUGUAAGCACCUCCUGAACCACAACAUGCCCAACAAGUCUGACCCCUGCAUCCUACUGCUGAUGCAGUCCCAGGGCCAGUGGAUGGAGGUGGACCAGAGCGAGGUCAUCAAGAGCAACCUCAACCCCAUCUUUGCCAAGAUCUUCACAGUGGACUACUACUUCAAGGAGGUGCAGAAGCUGCGGUUUGAGGCGUAUGACAGCCAUGGACACGCCAACGUGGGCAUGCAUGACAAUGACUUCCUGGGGGGCAUGGAGUGCACCGUGGGGCAGAUUGUGGCACAGAAGCGGGUGACAAAGCCGCUGUUACUCAAGUAUGGAAAGUUCAUGGGCAAGUCCACCAUCACGGUCAUUUCGGAGGAGAUCUCAGGGAACAAUGGCUACGUGGAGCUCACCUUCCAGGCCAAGAAGCUGGACAAUAAUGACCUCUUCAGCAAGUCGGAUCCCUUCCUGGAGAUAUACCGCAUCAACGACAACUGCAGCAAGCAGCUGGUGUACCACACCAAGGUGGUGAAGAACAACCUCAGCCCCAUCUGGGAGUCCUUCAAGGUCUCUCUCAACUCACUCUGCAGCUGCAGGAAGAGGAAGCUGAGGUGUGUGGUGUGGGAUUAUGAUCGUGGCAAACAUGACUUCAUCGGGGAGUUCUUCACCACCUUCAAGGAGAUGCAGAAGGUGAUGGGGGAGAACAAAGUGCAGUGGGACUGCAUGAACUCCAAGUACAAAAUCAAGAAGUGCAACUACAAGAACUCGGGGGUCGUGGUGCUGCUGGACCUGAAGAUCCAUAGGGUCUACACCUUCCUGGACUACAUCAUGGGCAGCUGCCAGAUCCACUUUAAGGUCGCCAUCAACUUCACAGCCUCCAACGGGGACCCCUGGAACAGCUGCUCCCUGCACUAUAUCAACCCCUACCAGCCCAACGACCUCUUCAUGGUGGGCGAGAUCUGCCAGGACUACGACAGCAAUAAGAAAUUCUCAGCUCUGGGCUUUGGUGCAAGGAUCCUCACCAAGUAUGAGGUCUCCCAUGAUUUCACCAUCAACUUCAACCCCGAUAAUGAUGAGUGUGAGGGCAUCCAGGGUGUUGUGGAGUCCUACCAGAGCUGCCUGCCCAAAAUCCGGCUGUACGGCCCCGCCAACAUGGCCCUCAUCAUCUUCAAGGUGGCUCAUGCAGCAGCUGACAAGGAGUGGACAAAGAAGGCUUUGCAAUACUUCAUCCUGCUGAUCCUGAUGGACGGAGUGGUGACGGACAUGGCGGACAAGAGGAAGGCCAUUGUCCGUGCCUCCUACCUGCCCAUGUCCAUCAUCAUCGUGGGGGUGGGCAACACAGACUUCACUGACAUGCAGAUUCUAGAUGGGGACGACGGCAUCCUGUGCUCCCCCAAGGGUGAGCCUGUCCUCCGGGACAUUGUCCUGUUCAUCCUCUUCUGGGAGUUCAAGAACAUGAGUGGGGCAUCACCAAUAUCCCUGGCGAAGUGCGUGCUGGCAGAGGUGCCCAAGCAGGUGGUGGAGUACUACAGGUACAAGGCCUUCCCCCCCUGCUGCCCGCAGCCAGAGACCCCUGCCUCCAAUCUCAGCUCUCCCCAGUGA